AUGGCUUUCCCCAGUAAUCCUUCACUUUCCGAGAAGCAGGAGGAGGACCAAAAGGCCGAGGAUCAUGCUGUCAAGCAACAGCAGGACAAAUCCGAGCGCGGCAACGACAUCCACGCCGAACACGCCUCGGAAACCGGGAGUACUACCCACAGUGAUGGCCCCAGAAUCGAAAAGGCAGGCAAGCGCGAACUCACCGAAGAUGACUGCUACGAUAAGCUAGGCUUCUGCUUCCCCACGUGGAAGAAAUGGACGAUUCUGUCUGUGAUCUUCGUGGUCCAGAUGUCUAUGAACUUCAACACCGGUGUCUACGCCAACGCAGUGACCGGUCUGACUGAGGAAUUCCACAUCAGUGAACAAGCCGCACGAGUUGGACAGUGUGUGUUCCUGGUUGCAUAUGCUUUCGGCUGCGAGCUGUGGGCGCCCUGGUCCGAGGAGUUCGGCCGCUGGCCUAUCAUGCAGCUGUCACUGUUUUUUGUGAAUAUCUGGCAAAUCCCCUGUGCCCUCGCUCCCAACUUUGGCACUAUCGUAGUGUGCCGUAUUCUUAGUGGCCUGAGCUCUGCUGGUGGCUCUGUUACUCUGGGUAUGACUGCUGAUAUGUGGGAGGCUGAUGACCAGGGCUUCGCGGUGGCAUACGUUGUGCUCUCGUCUGUUGGUGGUUCAACUGUUGGGCCAGUCUUUGGUGGAAUGAUUGGCCAGUGGCUUGAUUGGCAUUGGAUCUUUUGGAUGCAAUUGAUCGUUGGCGGGGCCACGCAGGCUUUGCACUUCUUCCUGGUACCCGAAACACGCGCUACGAUUCUCAUUGACCGCGAAGCGAAACGUCGUCGCAAGAACGGCGACGAGGUCUACGGUCCGGACGAGCUAAAGACCCCCCGUCUAGACUUCAAGGACGUGCUGCGCCUCUGGCGCCGCCCUUUCGAGAUGUUCCUCCGCGAGCCGAUCGUCCUGUUCCUGUCUCUUCUAUCUGGUUUCUCCGACGCGCUGAUCUUCGUGUUCACAGAAUCGUUCACGCUGGUCUUCAAGCAGUGGAACAUGAGCACUCUCGCUAUUGGCCUAACUUUCUGCUCGAUCCUGAUCGGUUAUCUGAUCGCAUACUUUAUUUUCUUGCCUGACAUCUGGCGCCAAAUAAAGCUACGCAAAAAGGAAGGAGCCGGGAGUCGAUUCGCAGAACGCCGAUUGCUUCUACUCCUAUUUAUCGCACCAUUAGAACCCAUUGGUCUCCUCGGCUUCGCAUGGACGUCAAUGGGCCCGCCUAUUCCCUGGAUCGCACCUUGCAUCUUCGCUUGUCUUAUUGCGAUGGCCAACUACGCUAUCUACAUGGCCACCAUUGAUUAUAUGGUUGCUGCGUAUGGGCCGUACUCUGCCUCCGCAACGGGAGGUAACGGUUUCUCCCGAGACUUCCUGGCCGGUAUCGCGACUAUGUACUCGACGCCAAUGUACCAAAAUAUGGGAGGAAAGUAUCACCUCCAGUGGGCCAGUACCCUGCUUGGCUGUGUUGGCUUCCUCGUCCUGAUCCCGAUCUACGUCUUCUACUGGAAGGGACCCGAGAUUCGAGCGAAGAGCAAGUUCGCACAAGAGCUCGAGGCAGACCGUCAGAAGCGUCAUGGUCGCCGAGCAAGUCAGAUGUAUGCCGAUGAAGAUCCGUAUGCGUAG